AUGAAGGACUGGGACAGGCAUCAGGAGGAGAUAGUAGAGUUAUACCAGCUACAUAAGCUCGGCAUGGUUAUGGAAAUCAUGACAAAAAAGUACGGCUUCAGGGCCUGUCGCCGCUCCUAUAUGGAGCACCUCUCCAAGUGGGGCGCUAGAAAGUAUAACCAGACGGUACGCGGUGAUAUGAGGACGAAAGUCAUGGGGCAGAUGCUUCUCAUCCCGUUCGAUUCCGGGCCUAGCAACCAGCGUAGUCUGCCUCAGGACUGGCAGUCAUCUGCCGACCAAGAGAUAGGAUCAGAAUUUUCGCGAACAUCUGCAUCACAGCAUUUUAGCGCGUCGAAUGUCCUACUUCAACGCGCGGACCAAUAUAUAUCUCAGGCGGCUUUGCUGCUCAUCAAGGCCAUGCCACUCGGCGGUUUUAGUAGCCUCAAGUUGGAGAGGCUCAUCCAGGAUCUUCCGAAUCUGUUGACGACCUUUGCUCUCAAGAUCGGGCGUUGCGCGACCACUUCAAUGCAUCGGGAGGUGAUGUACUUUAUGCUGAAACACCGAAAAGAUAUCAUUGAUCAGUUCAGGUCUGACUAUACUGCUCAUGAGGCCAAAGACAGCCCAUUGCCCUCUACGGGUCACAUUCCCGCCAUGACAAAAGCCGACGUAAUGGACCGAUACUUUGCCGGUCUGGACUCAGCGCCACAAGUAGAUCCAGAAAUAUGGCCUUACCGAGAAGAAAUUUGGGACGACACGAAUACCAACGACGGCUGUGACGACGACUGUGACAACGAGUGUGACGACGAAUUAUGCGUCUGUAAGUUAGAUGUGACAGGCAAGAGCAUGGACAUAAACAUCGUUACCGAGUUUGCUGCCUUUGAGUGGCUUCAGGGGGCCUUGUACUCCGAAGCACGCCAAACGCCUGCCGUUCCUAACAUAAGAAGGAGCAUUCGGGAAAAGGUCAUCUACUCACUUCAUGGUGCCAAUGGCUUAGGAGACCUCAAUAGGGACACUUCCAUAAUGGCCCAUGAAAUCAUGAUCGAGGUGGACUGGGACCCAAAGUCGUUUGUCGACGAGCAACAAUAUGAUGGCCGGCCAGGAACCGCCAUCGCCGCGGCCAUAACCCUUACCGGAUCAGCCCAGAACUGUCAAGCUAUGACCACCAGCCAAUACAUUUCACACACCUGGAAGUCCACCGGGGAGCAAAUGAUGAAACUGAUCCAACGUGUCCUUGAUGGACAGGAAGGCGAUGAACAUUCUUGUGAGCUUUUAGCUUAG